AUGGCGACCUUGCUCCGGUCUGAUCCGAGGAGGCUAUUGGCUAUAAGCAUUGAGGGAAAAUUCUUCAUGAACCACAAAAUCCACUUAGCAGAUUUGGAUAUUCUAGAUGAGUUAUAUAUCCUAUAUACAAUACAAUUACCAUAUGCAAGCCUCCGCGAUCUCCCGCAAUGCGGCCGUCUCCUUGGAUUCGCCCAGAUUCCGUCGUUGAAGGGUCCCAAUUUGAGGCAGUUCCCUGUUCUGAGGGCCCAGGUCUCAACCGAUAAUUCUUCAACAUCAAACGCGUUGAAAAAAGAACCGUUGAAUGGUAAAGUUGGUGAGACCAUUGAGGAAGAAAGACAAGCUGAAGUACCUGAAUCCGUCAUAUCUGCAUUCAUGGCUGAAGUUUCUGAUCUUGUUAAGCUUGUGGAUUCAAGGGACAUAACAGAGCUACAACUAAAGCAGAAAAAUUGUGAACUCAUAAUAAGGAAAAAGGAAGCCUUGCCACAGGCAGCCUCUUCUGCUCCUGUUGUCAUGAUGCAACCUUCACCUCAAGCUAUGUAUGCACCUCAGCCUCCAGGGCCCAGUAUUGCUCCUCAACCUGCAGCAGCUGCUGCUCCACCAGCAUCAGCACCUGCAGCACUUCCUGCCUCAGCAAAGGCUAGCAAAUCAUCACAUCCUCCACUUAAAUGCCCCAUGGCUGGAACAUUUUACCGUUGCGCAGCACCUGGGGAGCCACCAUUUGUUAAGGUUGGAGAUAAGGUCAAAAAAGGGCAGGUCGUUUGCAUUAUUGAGGCAAUGAAAUUGAUGAAUGAAAUUGAGGCUGAUCAGGAUGGGACAGUUGUUGAUAUAAUUGCGGAGGAUGGAAAGCCAGUUAGCGUUGAUACUCCUUUACUUGUGAUCGAACCCUGAAGAAGUUGGCUUGAUACGUAUCCUAGGAUAAUUCAUCAUUGAGGUUUGUUUGUUAUUCUGUAGACAAAAUAUAUUUAUUCGAUAUUCCAAUCAUCUCAGCAAUAAGGUACAUGAUGAUUAGUGGAACUCCUGCGCCACGACAGCCGAAACUGAAAGGAAAUGUAUUGAUUAACUGCAGCAAACUGCUGCCGUGUCUUUAGUCUUCAUCGUGUUCCUUGUAUUGCUUCAUUUUCUUUCUUUGUGAUAUGAUAUGUGGGUCAAAACAGUUUUUGUGGGUAGAGUUUGUCGUUCUCUGAAGAGGGACUAAGCAAAGUUGUCUUCCUAGAAUAUCUGUUUAAUGAAGUUGAUCGUUAUCCUACUGUUCAGGAUUUAUAAUAUGUUGUUUGCUAGAAGUGCAUUAAUGGAGUGCUAUGUUGUUGUCACAUUCUCAACUUGGCAUUGUUUA